GCUGCCUCCGCCCCCCGCAUCCCGGCCACGCGGCUGGCCCUGCACCACUUCGACAGCACCUACGGCCUGCAGCUGAAGGGCCGCUGGCCCUCUGUCCGCGCCGGCCUGCUCUGCGAGCAGAAGUACGGCGCCCUGCUCAACAACUUCUCUGCUCUCGACGUCUCCCAGGAGCUGGAGCUGCUGAGCGCCACUGAUUUUGUUUCCCAAGCCCCCCAAAAGGUGCAGCAAUGGCAGCAGGGCACCGCCGCAGCGGAAGCGGAGGGAGGGGAAGGCGGGUCCCAGGAGGUGCCCGGCGAGGGCAGGACAGCGAUGCAGGCAGAGAGAGUGGCACAGGUGGAGACAUCAGCACCGCUUCGUGCCCCCAUCAGCUCCCACAUCAAGUGUUACACCUUCCCCCGGGGCGACGUCACGCGCUUUCACCCUGCACGACCAGACGCUCUAGGGCUGUUGAGCUAUUAUCUCCUGGAUGCUGCAUCUCUCCUGCCCGUACUGGCACUCAACGUGCAGCCAGGCGACUUUGUCCUUGACCUCUGUGCGGCUCCAGGCGGCAAGACUCUGGCUCUGCUGCAGACUGGGAUUUGUGGGCAUCUGGCAGCCAACGAUGUCUCCAUUUCCCGGACAAAGAGGCUGUACCAGAUUCUGCAUAGCUACAUUCCCAAAGAAAUCCGAGAAGCUGUGAGUGUCACAUCCUAUGAUGGAAGGGACUGGCAACAGCUGGAAGGUGGCACUUUCCAUAAGGUCCUCGUGGAUGUGCCCUGCACGACGGACAGGCACUCUGUUAUGGAGGAGGAGAACAACAUCUUCCACAAGAGAAGAACCAAGGAGCGUCAGAUGUUGCCCAUGCUGCAGCUGCAGCUGCUGAUGGCUGGGAUCCUCGCUACCAAGCCAGGAGGAAGUGUUGUGUAUUCUACGUGCUCUCUCUCCCCGCUGCAGAACGAGCACGUGAUUGAGAGAGCAGUAGAAAUUGCAGAGACCCAGUUUAACAUCAGUAUCCACGUGGAGGACUUGAGCCACUUUCGCACCCUCUUCCAGGACACGUUUUCCUUCUCCUCGGAUUGCCGGCUAGGGGAGCUUGUUCUGCCUCACCUCACAGCCAACUUUGGGCCUCUGUAUUUCUGCAAACUACGUCGGACAUAGAAGGGGCGACAGACUGUCUGAUGGCUGUCAGGAAAUACCCCAAAUUUCCAGGGAAGGCAAAAGCGCUUUGUAUUUAUUUUUCUUUUUAAAAUGUCCCAAAGGGAACCUGCCUUUUUACUGCAGACUUAGAGAAUAAACGAGAAGGACCUG